GUUACUGGGGCAGGCAAUUGAUUUUUAACUUCUUUUUACUUAUCUGACAUGACGUAUUUUGUUGUAAGAAGAACUGUCAGCCACCAAUAAGUAUGUAAAUACGACCAGGCAUAGAUUUAUAAACCACAACUACGAUUACGUUCGGCUGACAACAACCAGUUUGGCGAAGGUCACCGGCAAGCUGGUGAAGUCCGGCGACAGUGACAGAUGAAUGAUUUUGGUAGAAGUUUUUCAGAUAAAGAGUAAAGAGAUUUGUCACAUAUGUUGUACCGGUAUAUGGAUGGAAGAAUACAUUUGCAGGUAUGGUUGGGUUUGAUUCAGAGGCAAAAGGAACGCUAUCAGGAUGGGAGUAUGCUACUGCUGGUGCUUUGAGUGGAGUGAUUACAAGAUGUCUUGUUCAGCCUUUAGAUGUGCUCAAAAUAAGAUUUCAGUUACAAGUUGAGCCACUAAGUUCUAAGUCUGCCAAGUACAGUGGUAUGGUACAAGCUGUCAGAACUAUAUCACAUGAAGAGGGUCUUGUAGCAUUCUGGAAGGGACUUGUCCCUGUUCAAUUAUUGUGUUUUAUGUUUGGUGCUGUACAGUUUCUUGCCUUUGAGCGAAUCACAAAAUUAGGAACUGGUAGAUUACCAUAUCAAUACACAAAUGGACAUUAUAAACCGGUCUAUCACUUUCUUUGUGGCGGUGUUUCUGGUUGUCUUGCGUCGUCGGCUUCUCAACCAUUUGAUGUUAUUAGAACAAGACUCAUUGCUCAAGGAAAACCAAAGAUUGCACACAAGAUUCUCUGUUCAACAAUCGAAAAUUGA